GGCAGGCCAAUCGGAGAAGAGGUUGUAGGGAGGCGGCUGAGCGGGGUUGUGGGAGUAGGAAGCUAGGGUUAGAGGCUACCGGUGAGGCUAGAACCCCGAGCGUGGUCGGUUGGAGCAAAUAUGUCUGUCCGGAGGCACAUUGGGAAUCCUGAGUAUCUGACCAAAAGGAUACCACAAAACCCAAGGUAUCAGCAUGUCAAGUCAAGACUAGACACUGGUAACAGUAUGACUAAAUACAUUGAGAAGCUAGAAGAGAUCAAAAAAAAUUAUAGAUACAAAAAAGAUGAGCUUUUUAAGAGACUAAAAGUUACAACUUUUGCCCAGCUGGUCAUCCAAGUUGCUUCCCUAUCUGAUCAAACACUGGAAGUGACAGCUGAGGAGAUUAAAAGGCUAGAAGACAAUGAUUCUGCAACCUCAGACCCUGAUGCUGAAAUCACUGCCAAGACCAACGGGAAAGGGAGCCCUGGGGAGCAGUCGCCAAGCCCCGUCCAGUUCAUAAACAGUGAGGGAGCCGCGGACUCCAGCCGCUCGACCCUUCAGAGCGUCAUCAGUGGCGUUGGGGAACUGGAUCUAGACAAAGGGCUUGUGAAGAAAGUAGAGCCCAGUACCAAAGACAAACCUUAUCCCGACUGCCCCUUCCUGCUGCUAGAUGUGAGAGAUAGAGAUUCUUACCAGCAGUGCCACAUUGUUGGAGCUUACAGUUACCCAAUUGCAACUCUGUCUAGAACAAUGAACCCUUACUCAAAUGAUAUUCUUGAAUAUAAAAAUGCCCAUGGCAAGAUCAUCAUUCUGUAUGACGACGAUGAGAGGCUGGCCAGCCAGGCAGCUACCACCAUGUGCGAGCGGGGAUUUGAGAACCUCUUCAUGCUUUCCGGAGGUCUAAAAGUCUUAGCUCAGAAAUUCCCAGAAGGACUGAUUACGGGUUCCCUGCCAGCAUCUUGCCAGCAGACCCUUCCGCCUGCUUCUGCCCGGAAACGAUCCGGCCCGAAAGUGCCGCCCCCAGCAGCCGAGAAUAAAUGGAGAUUUACCCCAGAAGACCUAAAGAAGAUAGAAUAUUACCUGGAAGAGGACCAGGGUCCUGCAGACAGCACUAGCCGGCUGAGCCAAGGUAAUGCUUCUGGAAGAGACUCCAAGGUUCCAGGCGCCCGCAGCGGUCAGAACCUGCCUGCCGGGGGCCCUGCCGGCCACCAGAACCCCCGCUCACUGGGCAGUGGCCACCUGCAAGGCAAACCCUGGAAGUAAAGACUUUGUCUGUCUUAGUCAAAUAAAUGUUUUCUCUCCUUUCGGAACCCCUGAGCAGUUCCCAAGUUGGUCAUUUUAAGAAGCUGCUGCAGAGGAAGGACCUCAACGUGUGUCAGGCCCUCUUCCCGCUUCCUGUCUCCAGCUCCUCUCCCACAUCCAACCCGGGAAGGAUUUUUACAAAAACCAGAGGCAUGACAGGCUCUAGUGUCCUCCCUGUUGUUUACAGAAUAUUUAAGUCUCUGAAACUGAGUAGGAAAAAAGUCUAAUUUUUUUAGGCUUUCAUUUUUUUUUUUUUAAAUAAGGUCCAGUUUGUUUUGGUCUAUAUCCUGCGUUGUUUUGUAAAUACUUCAGGCGCAUCUGGUGUGUCCUUCCCAGCCAGUUCUUUCUCACUCACUCUUCUUGGUUUCAUGAAGGCGCUCUCGGUAGGCUUUGCAGCCUAAGCUGUCCCUGGGGGUGCAGACGAUUCGUAGCUUUCAGCCCCCACCAGCUGUGGACCCGCUGGCUGAGGAGCUCUUUGCCCAGCACCCGAUGCAGGCUCCGUCUUCAGUUUGGAAGCCAGUACCUGUGAGCAUCACUCAGUUAAGAUUUAGUAGUAGCUCUCACAAGUGCUCAGCGCUCCUCCUCACUAGAUGUUUUCCUGGAACCAGCACAGGUGAUGAUGUGUGUGCUCAGCUGCCUUCACGGGCAAGUCCUGCCCACUGUUCAGGGCCGGGAUGAGAGCCACUGAAGCCCCCUGGAGCCGUCCCUCAUUUGCGGUUGGUUUACUAGUUGUAAACUCCCAUUACCCAGCUCGGGCCCAUCGAUCUUAGAUGGGUAGAAAUUAUGGCCACUUGAAAACAUUGGCUUUGGUUGGGCCACUGCCGGCACACAAGGUGAGGACAACUCCACAGUCCUUUGUCAGAGCUGACAACCCUUUAAACCCUUGCUUAAAAAUACAGUAUUAGUCUAAUUGAGUAAUUAGUGCAAUUCCCUGCUUCUCAUUCUCAUGACUGAGCUGUGAUUAGGAGGUUUUGAUUAUAGAUUCUUGUUUGGGCCAGAAUUUUGAAUCAGCAUUAAUUGAAUUGCUAGAUGACUGACAUUCAUUCCAUUUAAUUGGGGGAACAAAAGACCUCAGGUAAGGAUGAGGAACUCUGAAAUCAUCAGGAAAAGGAAAAAGAGCCUUGUUAAUUUUUAUGGUCUGUGAUCUGUAGCUGUGAUAAGGGACUAAGGAAUAAAUUGUGCUCUUUGUCAUGGCAACCAGCUUCUGAAAAGCCAGCUGAAAAUUGCCUGUCCUUAGGUGGUUAUUGCUGCUGGGUAAGAUUUGUCUUAACAGGACUAUUUUUCUCACCACCAAAAAAAAAAAAGUAUCACAGUAUUUCCAGCAUGGGGGGCUGUGUUUGUAGGAGAAAUAAAGGUAAUAAAUAUCUUAUAGAGACAUAUGGAAAAAUAACUUUCACAUUCAGCCCAGUUCUGUUUUAGUGUGUUUAUUCUUCUCUACUUGAUUUCCAAAGUGCAACAUUUUCCGAUGCUUUAGAAAUCAAACAAACCAGGGACAUUGUUCAGAUGUCAAGCUGUGCCCAAUUUUCCACAAGAUUCAAGAAUCUUGUAUAAAAUUCAGCCAACGUACACAUAGCUUUAAAGAGGAGCCUGUCAUGUUUCCCCUUAAAUUUAUUGCCUGAGAACUAAGCUCAGCCUUUUGCUAAUGCCAAAAUGCUCUGGCUUUUUAUUUUCUUUACAGCAUAGAUUUUUAAAAAUGCAAAUUUUUCCAUAGUCAACUUUCCCCUAGCAUGGACAAGAUUUUCAGCCAUUUUGGACACAUAUGAAUUUUUAAGAAAAAAAAAUUUUUUUCUCUGAGACAAAGUUCUGGUUAUGCCAUUUUCAAGUCGACUAGUCAGGAGUUUAGAUUUCCCCACUCGAUUCUGUUUUGAAAGUAAACGGUAGUCCCCCUUUUUUCCUAUUCUGCAUUCCCAUCACCACACAACACUAGAGUGUUAGAAACUACUAUGUAUAUGUGCAAAGUCAGUAUAGCUGAACCUAUUAGAAUUGCAGUGCAUUUAGUUGAGAGAUCUGGCAGGUUGACUAUAUUUAUGUGUUACUCCAUAGCGCUUUGCCUGUAGGUAAGGAUUUUAAAUAACUACUCCUCAAAGACCUGUUCUGGUUCUUCACUUUGUGUGUUAAAUGUCACUUGCAGUUUUUACAUGCUCAAGGUAU